AUGCUAAAAAUAUUACUUUUAUAUAUCUAUUGGUUAUAUUAUAUUUUUAAAGUCAUUCCUAACUAUGAUAUCAUAAAGAUACUAUGUUUAUCAAAAUUAUAUCUAAGAACAAAUAAUAAAAUUGAAAAUGAUAUAAAUGAAAAUCUUAUAGAUCAACAAAAGUCUCUUAAUGAAAGCUUAAUUUCAAAUAAUUUUACUAAAGAUUUUUAUAUUCAAAAUAAUGGAAAAAAUAUAAAACCCUCUAUUAAAAUAUCAUUAGAAGAAUUAUCUAUGGAAAGUUUAAACGCAGAACAUAACUUUCUUUCACAUAAAAUAAAACAAUUAAAUACUCAAUACCAAAUUUUAAAUUCGGAAUUAGCAGGAAUAAAAUCAAAAUUUCAUAAUAAAGAAGUACCUGAUGAACAGAAAGAAAUAUUAUAUGAAAGAAUAGAUGAAAUAAAAAUAUCUAUAAAUAGUAUUAUAUCAAAUAUUGAUAAGGAAGUUUCAAAAUUGCUUUUGUUUUAUUUUGAAAUUUAUGAUAGAAUGUUACUAGAUAAAAAAUAUAUGAAUCAUAAAUAUAUUUUAUCAUGUAGAAAUAACAAGAACAAAAUAUAUGAACUUAAUUUAAAAAUGUAUAAAGAAUUAUAUUCUCAUCUUUGUUUUGAAUGGGAAAAAUCAAUGUGUUACUUAUUACCAAAAAAUAUAGAAUGUAUAAAAUUACAAGAUAUGAUUACAAUCAUAAAACAAUAUAUUGAAUGA